AUGGAGGAAUCAGUUGCGAUUUUAACUGACUCUGAUUCUGUUGUGCAGGAAAAGCUGGUUCUGUCAUCAGAUGAAGUGAUAGAGAAUGGUUUGCGGAGAUUUGGGUGGUCAGAGAUGGUGCAAUGCAUCCUUGUGUCCAGUGCCAUGUACUUUGAUGCACAGCAAUCCUUCAUAGCCAUCUACUCUGACGACUACCCAACUUGGCACUGCACCGAUCCCACCACGUGCACCUCUUAUUCUAAUAUCUGCAAGCUCCCAAAGUCUUCUUGGGCUUGGGAUGGACCCUCUUCUAAGACAAUCGUAUCCCAGUUUGGCCUUCAAUGUGCCAGCAGCUUCAUCACAGGUUUACCUCAGUCUUCUUUCUUCAUGGGUUGCCUUGUUGGUUCCUUUCUUCUUGCCACCUUGGCUGACACAUCUCUUGGAAGAAAGAACCUCCUCGUUCUGUCGAGUUUAUCAAUGUCCAUAUCUUCUGUGAUCAUUGUCUUCUCCACCAAUGUUUGGGUCUACUCAGCUUUUAAAUUCCUCAUUGGGUUUUGGCGUUCAUCCAUUGGAACAUGUGUUCUCGUGUUGCUGACCGAGAAAGUGAGCACAGAGUGGAGGUUCACGGUGGGGAUUCUUGAGUAUUUCUGCUUCACUUUGGGGUAUAUGGUCUUGCCUGGAAUAGCUUAUCUAAACAGAAAUUCCUCAUGGAAAUCUCUUUACUUGUGGACAUCCAUGCCUGCUAUUUGUUACUCUGUCAUUGCCUACCUUUUUGUUACUGAGUCUCCAAGGUGGCUUCUCAUGCAAGGCCGAGAGCAAGAAGCCAUGGCAAUGCUUAAAGGAGUUUCUUCGGUAGAGAAUGGUUCUGAUUUAACUGCAACCCUACUAAAAGUUCCUCCUAAACAAAAGUCCUCAUUUUUUCAACUUUACUCAUCAAUAGCAGAGUUGUUUGAGAGACGUUGGGCUCUUAAACGGAUGUUGGCAAUUAUGGUGCUUGGUGUUGGGAUUGGAAUGGUGUAUUUUGGCAUGCCUUUGGCUGUGGGGAACUUGGGAUUUGACAUUUACUUGGCUGUUGUGUUCAAUGCCUUGAUGGAAAUACCCUCUUGUGUAGCCACCUACUUCUUGGAAAACUACAGAAGAAAGCCAUCUAUUCUUGCAUUCUCAGUAGCAAGUGGGAUAUGUUGUAUAUUAGCUGUUUCCCACGAGUGUAAGGAACACUACAACCUCGUUGGUGAGGCAAGCCACUGUAUUUGGCAGCAUAUUCAGCCCGUUUUUUAUAGCUGCGGGGAGGAAAAAUGA